AUGUCUUCAUUGACAGAAAUGCAUUUCCUGCCAACCGGCGCAAUUGCGCCCACGGCAUCGUCAUCCUCCCCUCCAGCUUCCACGCCCUCCCCGUCGACCUCGAGUGCGACCACGGCCCACUCCUCUUCCGCACGCCGACCUCCUCGUAAAAGCACCCUGACUCAACAGCAAAAGAACAACAAGCGCCAACGAGCCACUCAGGAUCAGCUUGUCCUUUUGGAGGUCGAAUUCAACAAGAACCCAACUCCCACUGCGGCUACCAGAGAACGUAUUGCUUCGGACAUCAACAUGACGGAGCGCUCUGUUCAAAUCUGGUUCCAAAACCGUCGCGCGAAAAUCAAGAUGCUGGCGAAAAAGAGCAUCGAGACCGGUGAAGGAUGCGAUUCCAUCCCUGAAUCCAUGCGACACUACCUCGCAAUGCAAUUCGACCCAAACAAGCCAGGCGCCAGAGACCCCUUCGGACGCGCAGGUGCUUACGGCCCGCCUAGCAUGUACGCAAACGAGACGAACCCCUCUGGCAAAGUUGUGAUCUCUCACUUCACUUGCCGUUCCCUGACUGUCGGCAGCUGGCGACGCAUUGGACAGAACGCCAUGGAUUUGGUUGUUUUCUAUUCCCCCGAUAAAGCAUGCAUGACCUACUAUAUUAACAAUGACGCGGCCGGUUAUAAGAUUGAAUAUCCGUUCUCCUACAUCAAGAACAUCACUUUGGAAACCGGUGACCCAAACCCUGGGUUGAAUGGGACACCACCUCGCCCAGGUGGUCUUGUGUGCGGCGAUUUCACCGAGGAGCAGCAAGCUAGCCAGAUCAUGGUUCAUCACCUAGGAGGCCAUCCCAAGGUCUUGAGCGUACAGCUUGCCAAGCUUGUGUCCUUGGAGUCCUUCCAGAACCGUCUGGCUUAUAAUAACAAUAGCUUCGCUGUACCAACUGUGAUGUCCCCGCCGUUCAUUCAGCGUCCCGCAUCUCAACCUAACCAGUUUGCCGCUCCCACCUAUAUGAAUAUGUACCAGGAUAGCAACCACUUGGGCUUUAACAUGCCAGCUGCUCGUGGCCACAAACGCCAACGAAGCCGUUCAGUACCUGUUGCAGUUGACAUCUCUGCACUCCAGGGUCCCAUGUCUUCCUUCCACGUACCGCCACCACCCCCUCCCUUCAACCACACCGAGGCAGGUAUUUACGCGCCCAUUCCCCAGUCGGUGCACCAUCUUCCCACCGACCUCCGCAUUGACACCCAAGGAUAUGGACUGGAUUUCCGAACCAACUCCAUGUCAGCGACGGGCUCGCCUCCUGGUUUCGCUAGUCCGAUGUACAGCACCGCGGGUCAGGGCGAGUCCACACCAGUCGCCAGCAUGGCCCCUCAGUUCAACAUCCCCUUCGUUUCUGGGGGGUCAACCGAUGCCUCAACAUUGGACUCCCACGCACCAUCUCCAUACUCCAGCAUGAGCCCUGCAGACCCAUUGAUUGCUAAUCACUCGCCGCCUCUGUCUAACAUGUCACACGCUUCGUCCGAUAUCUAUGGUUUCUCGCACGACCAGCAGACCGGUUAUGACGAUAGUCUCUCGAUGAAUGAUAUGUACUCGAAGAAUCAUCUCACCUUUGGCGUUUCACACGACAGCCCCAGCUUCGAACUACCUAUGCAUGGCCUGCCGAUUCACCACUCUCCUGGGUUGGGUGACUAUUCCCAUGACAUGACCAACUUGGAUGAGAUCGACUCGCAGGGGAUGCCUACCCACUCAUGA